GGUCUGCACCGCCACAUCUUCUGGAGGUCACCUUAACAUCUCUGCUGUACCUGUCUGAGAGGAGCAUCUUUGUGCAGCUACACAAGGGAUCGUUCAUCCAAACUUGGACACCAUGGCAGACAAAGACACUGUAGAGAAGUUUCUUGAUAACAACCCACAGGUUGCGAAGGAGUACUAUGAAAAGAAAGUAAAGGCAGAUGUCAUCACUGCUGCCUUCAACAACCAAGUCCAGGUCAAGGACCCAUCCUCUUACAAGGAUGUCACCACCAUCCAGGAGGCCGAGUUCAUUUUCGAGCUCUUAAAGGAGAUGCAGUCCAACACAGAGAUGGAGAAAACCCUGCAUAAAGUUCUGCAGAGGAUCGCUCUGCUGGUCCAGGCUGAUCGCUGCAGCUACUUUAGCUACAGGGCUCGUAAUGGGACACCUGAGCUGACCACGGUCCUCUUUGAUGUGUCACACAAUUCUCCAUUUGACAAGAAUUUAGUGAAUCCCAGUGUAGAGAUUGUUUUUCCCACCGACAUGGGGAUUGUUGGCUGGACAGCACACUCCAAGAAGCCUCAGAACGUUCCUGAUGUUAAGAAGGACUCACAUUUCAGCGACUUUGUGGAUAAACAGACCAAAUACACCACUAAAUGCAUGAUGACUGCUCCCCUUCUGUCUGGAAAGGAACCCAUCGGUGUUGUCAUGGCACUCAACAAACAAGGGGCUAAUGAAUUUUCAAAGAGCGAUCAGGAGCUCUUCAACAAAUAUAUAAACUUUGCCUCUGUGGUUGCUCUCCAAGCCUACACUUCUUGCAUGUGGGAUGUAGAGUCCAGGAGAAGCCAGGUGCUGCUGUGGUCAGCAAGCAAAGUUUUUGAAGAGUUGACGGAUAUUGAGAGGCAGUUUCACAAAGCCUUGUAUACAGUGAGGACAUACAUCAAGUGUGAGAGAUACUCUGUGGGACUCCUGGACAUGACCAAAGAAAAGGAAUUCUUCGAUGAGUGGCCAAUCAAACUUGGAGAACAGGAGCCAUACAAAGGCCCCAAGACACCUGAUGGCAGAGAAAUCAACUUCUACAAGAUUAUUGACUACUUGCUGGAAGACAAAGAGGAGAUUAAAGUUAUCCCCGGCCCUCCUGCCGACCACUGGGCUCUGGUCAGCGGACUCCCGUCAUAUGUGGCUGAGAAUGGAUUUAUCUGCAACAUGAUGAAUGCUGCAGGAGAUGACUACUUCGCAUUUCAGAAAGAAGCAGUGGAUGAGAGUGGAUGGAGGAUUAAGAACGUCCUCUCCCUCCCCAUCGUCAACAAGAAGGAGGAAAUUGUUGGUGUUGCCACUUUCUUCAACAGACAUGAUGGCAAACCAUUUGAUGAGAAUGAUGAACAAAUUACAGAAGCUCUGACCCAGUUCCUUGGGUGGUCCACUCUGAACAGUGACACAUACGACAAACUGAACAGGACAGAGUGGAGGAAAGAUGUAGCUCAGGAGAUGCUCAUGUACCAGACAAUGGCCACACCAAAUGAUGUGCAGACCAUUCUGAAAACUCAAGACAAGUUUGGCUCUGCACCAGAGGACUGUGACCAGAAGGAGAUGUACAAACUGUUGAGAGCCAGCAUCCCUGAUGCCAAGAAUGUGGAGCUGUUGGAGUUCCGCUUCAGUGACUUCCCCUUGUCAGAGUUCGAACUCAUCCAGUGUGGCAUCCGUUGCUUCUUUGAGUUGGGGGUGGUAGAGAAGUUCAAAGUCCCAGCCGAGAUCCUGACACGAUGGAUGUACACCGUUCGCAGGGGAUACCGUGACAUCACCUACCACAACUGGAGGCACGGCUUCAACGUUGGACAAACCAUGUUCACUCUGCUGCUAACAGGUAAACUGAAGAAGUAUUACUCCGAUCUCGAGGCCUUUGCCAUGGUAGCUGCCGGAUUCUGCCAUGAUAUUGACCACAGAGGAACCAACAAUCUCUACCAGACAAAGAGUUUAUCCCCACUGGCUAAACUGCACAGCUCCUCAGUUAUGGAGCGGCAUCAUCUUGAGUACAGUAAGACGCUGAUGGAGAAUGAGAAUCUGAACAUCUUCCAAAACCUUCAGAAGCGUCAGUUUGAGACGGUGCAGCAUCUGUUUGAAGUCUGCAUCAUUGCCACUGAUCUCGCCCUCUAUUUCAAGAAGAGAACAAUGUUCCAAAAAAUUGUUGAAUCUGUGGAGGGGAUACCAGAGGAGAAAGAGAGGGUUGACUACAUCUCCAACAAUCCAACCAGGAAGGAAAUUAUCAUGGCGAUGAUGAUGACAGCUUGUGAUCUGUCGGCCAUUACAAAACCAUGGGAGGUUCAGAGCAAGGUUGCUCUAAUGGUGGCAGCAGAAUUUUGGGAGCAGGGAGACCUUGAAAGGACAGUCCUCGAGCAGCAGCCUAUUCCCAUGAUGGACAGAAAUCACGCAGAUGAGCUGCCUAAGAUGCAGUGUGGUUUCAUCGACUUUGUCUGCGCCUUUGUGUACAAGGAGUUCGCUCGCUUCCACAAAGAGAUCACCCCCAUGUUCGACGGACUGAAUAACAACAGGGGUGAAUGGAAAGCUCUCGCAGACGUCCGUGAGGCCAAGCUGAAGGCCAUCGAAGAUGAGAAGAAAAAGCUGGAAGGCGGAGGCGAACAAGAAACCGGAAAGUCGAAGACAUGCGCGAUCUGCUAGACCUGCAAGACUGUCGGGGCAUUUAUGAAUGUUUGUCUGCAUGUGUAUUUGUACAGUGUGUGUAUGUGCAUGAGCAUGUGUUCACAGAUGAGAGAAUUUUAAUGUGCAAAAAUCCCUGAAAUAUUAUUUUUAUAUACUGUGUAAUGUUUAGUUCUUCUAUCCUCUGAUACAAGGAGCUGUUUUAAAUACUUGUGAAAGGAGUCUGAAAGCAGUAAGAAAAAUGAUGUUGCUGCAGGUUUCAAAGGGGUAAUUGGCACCAGUUUGAGCCCAUACUGUUUGCAUGUAAUACUAUGAAAACAUUCAUUAUUCUUGUAUAUACUCAAAGAAUUUAACUUUGAAUCAUUAUAACUAUUUACUGUAUAAGGACACUUAGCUCUCGUUCUUUUGCUUUGUAAAUGAUAUGAACAGAAAUAUUAGGCUGCAAAUAUGUCGCAGUUUGAACUGUUAUUUUUUGGAAUAUAAAACUACAAUAAAAUGCUCUUAUUUUGUAGAGGAAUAAUUUACUAAACAAAAUAACUAGUUGCCUCUUUAAAUUACAAGUAGUGCUUGUAAAAACUUCAAGCAUAUGUCUCUGGCAAAUGGGUGAGAGAUGUAAGAAGAUUUAAGUGAAUUGGAUUUGGUUAUAAGCCACCUCGAGCCCCCGAGGCUUUCCUUUUUAAGUCCCCUGCUUACAUAAAGUAAAAAUACUGCCGCCCGGCUCAUAAGUCAGCUUGUGCAUGUGGCAUUUACAGGACAGGAAGGUGUCAUGUGGAAACACUGUGCAGCACACCGAGUGAAAUCCAUCAUGUAUAGGAGAAAUGACAUUGUUUGAGUGUGAAACAACACAUCAGUCGUGAUAUGUUGUGAUUUCUUAAAGCUGAAAUGUUGAGAUUUCUCAAAACAGAGCUUGUGACACGGGUAGCACAUAGCAGAAUGAUGUCAGAUUGUAUUUUCUGAGGCAAAUGCUUAGCAAAUGCAGCCUCUGCAAAGAAAUGUGACUCUAUCAUGAAUGUAUAGCAUUAAAUACACAGUUAUAUGUGCAAUAGCGUCAUGUA